GCAGCGGCAGAUAGCGAGGUGAGACUAAAGAUAUCAAGACUACAGCGUCCUGUGAAGCCAUGGCCUCCAGUCUUCCUCUCCUCCUGCUGUUCCUGUGCAGUCUGAGUGUGGCUCAGUCCCAGCUGAAGUUGUUUAGCCUGCGGGCCGCAGAUCUUCCCUCUGACAUCUUGGGAAUCUCAGACGGCUACGUGAAGGUGUUCUGUGGCUCAGCCUCUCUGGGUAAAACGUCCAUCCGUCACAAUGAGGCCAACCCCUGGUGGGAGGAGCAGUUUGCCUACUUCAAGGCUCAAGAGAAUGACAUUCUGAGGCUCGAGGUUCACGACAGUGACCUAGUCUUCGAUGACCUGCUGGGAGUCUGCCAGCGACAGAUCAAGCUGGGAACCCAUGAGCACGAAUGCUUCCUGGAGAAAGGCGGCACUCUCCAUUAUACCUACACCCUCGGCUGAGAGUCAUUAGCCAAGCUCUGAGUGCUUAGCUUCUCUGUCCCAAAUCUGUAAUUCAUCCUGUAGGAUUAAACCAGAAAAAUUGUCAUUCAAACUCAUUAACUUAAUCAAUAAAUAUUUUUCAUUUGCUAUUUUACCCUGUUACCAAAGGUUGUCAAUAAAAUAUAAACUGCAACA